ACAAAAUUGCCCUCUAGGCUUCUAUGCCCAUCGACAGCAAAGCACAGUGAUCUCAAAUCGUUCGAAGAACAUUUGGAACGCAAAGGAUCGAGGACCAACUCAACGACAUCCAGAGGUACUCGCUACGAAUACCGGGUUAUGGAUACUCUCGGUCGACUUGAAUUCAAGCUCGAACGCACUGGCCGGCCCAAUGAUCGAGGCAUAGACCAUCGGGGCUUCUGGGAAUUGGGCGACAAAUCAGAGAUCAGAGUGCUCCUUCAGUGCAAGUUAUCAAAGCCUCGCCCGUCGAUGAUACGUGAGCUGCACUGCCGUACGGGCGCGCCUUCAGGCUGGGACACAAACUCAACCAUGUCCUUUCUCGUAUGUGCUAAGCCGGCAACGUCAGGCGUGAUGAGCGCUCUGAAGACGAGUCCCCUGCCCAUGUGUUUCAUGCAGAUCAGCGAGGAGGGCGUUUUGGAGGGCUUCGAAUGGAACAAAGUCGCCGAGGAUAUGUACCUGACUGGUCUUACA